AUGCGUCGCGAUAUCGAGACAGACCCACAAGUGCACCUCAUCGCGCAGUCCACCAGCCAGACGACGCUGAUCGUCGGCAAUAGCUUCACCCCAUUGCGCGCCAAGUCCCAAUGGGCAAUUCGUGGCAACGCUUUGCCACGCGACUUCUCUGGCCCCGUGACGUCUCUCCAGUGGUCUCCGUCCUCGAAGCUGCUUCUGGUCGCCUCAGCCCACCAGAUACAUGUCUUUUCCGUCGCUGAGGAUGACUUCCAUGCAACCAUACGCAACCCCCUGCCCCCUGCAGCAAAACCAGUCUUGGUCGGCUUUGGCGCAUCCGACUACCAGAUCUGUCUCUGCGCCUCUCUCGGACUCAGGUUUGCCAUCUUCGACCUGCGCUCCUCAAAAGCAGUCGAAGUAGCCAACCCCAAAUUCCACGCCACCCCAUCCGCCUGCUGCAGGGGCUUCUGCUUCCGGCCACGGACCGGCCACCUGGCCAUUCUGACACGCCUGUCAGGCAAGGACAUGAUAAGCAUACACGACCCUACCACUAUUCAAGCACAGAGGUCCUGGUUUCCGGACACGGUCGAUGCCCAGGGCUUGAUCUGGGACCCAGAUGGCCACUGGCUCGUGACGUGGGAGGCUCCGGCCCACGGCCAUAAAGUCUUGUUCUACUCUUCUGAUGGCAACCUGCUCAAGACCUGGUCUGGCCCCCAGCCCCUUGUAGCGGCUGACAGCGAUCUAAGACUUGGCCCCGGCGUCAAGCUCUUGGAGUUCUCUGCAGAUGCCCGGCGUCUGGCCAUCGGGGAUUCCAGCAGGCGCAUAUGCAUUCUCGACAUGGCAUCCGUCAUUGAAUCCCUGCGGCUGCAGCACCCCAAUAGCAUAGCACCCACAGAUACCCUCCAGGUUUGGCAGGAGCAGGUCAGCGCUGCUGGCCACCAUUUUGUCCGCGCUCCGCAGACCAUUUUCCCUCCCGCCGGACAGUCUGGAAGUAGCGGUUGUGCCCUGGCUGUUUUUGACCCGUCGUCGACUCUCCUCGCCACAAAACUCGAAGAAUCGCCAGGCACCCUAUGGGUCUGGGAUAUCGAGGCUGCUGAGCUCCGGGCGGUCCUGCUAUUCCAUGCGAGCGUGUCGAGGCUUUCGUGGCACCCUGCCAUUCGUGAGACCUUGCUCGUGAGUUGCGAAGGCGACUCGCAUAACUCGCUGGCUUUCACGUGGGAUCCUCUGUCCGAGGGCCCAAGACCGAUCGACUUCGCUGGCCAACUCUCAAACGGCAAAGUGCAGGUCGUCUGGCUACAAAUUGACGGGCUGGAGCCAGGCGCUUUGUUUGCUUCGGACAGCAGCCAAUACAUGCUGGCUUCUCUGGCGGAUGACGAUGACGAAUCCCUCCCAUGGAUUGCUGGCGACCAGCAAAGUGGACUGCUGAACGGGAAUUCUCCACGUGUCACAGCUGCACACAUUGACAAUUCGUCUGAAGGGGAAAUCAGCGAGCUUGAUGACACCUUCUGUUUCAAAAGAACGUGA